AUGCGGGCGUCGUCCGCGCUCGCGGCCUCGCGCCGAACGCGCGUCGGAGGAGCGAGGAGGCACGGUCUCACCGUCGUCGCGCGCGUCGCCAACACGACGUCGCCGUCGGGAGACGCGGGCGACACGCGCCUCUCCUCCGGCGUGGGCGGCAUCGUCCGGUCCAUCCGAACGAACGUCUCCAAGAACUUCAACAAGCUGCCGUGGGCGCUCGUCGCCCUGCUCAUCGGAUUCGCGAUGACGGCGUACUUCCCCCACCCGGAGUCUCCCGGUGACGCGCCAAUCUGCCUCACCAUCGUGUUCCUGGCGGAGUUCCUGUCCUCGGUGCUGUACUCGCCCAAGCGACCGCGGGGCAUCUUGAAGUUUCUCAAGCUCAACGACCUCGUCCCUCUGGUGCUGAACAACUUCAAGCUCGGCACCCUCUACGGCCUGUUCUGCGACGCCUUCAAGGUUGGAUCGUGA